AUGGCCGGCCACAGACGCGCUCCAUCGGCCUCGUUCAAGGCCAAGCCGCGCCUCUCCCCGGUGCCCCUUCGGGAUAUAUUCAUCAUCCGCCUCGUCAAUGCCUGGUAUCUCGCCACCUUCUUCCAGCCCGAUGAGUUCUUCCAGGCUCUGGAGCCGGCUUGGCGCCUCGCCUUUGGGGCCAACAGCGGCGCGUGGCUCACAUGGGAAUGGCAUUAUCAACUGAGAUCCUCUCUCCAUCCUCUCCUCUUCUCAGGCGCCUACAUGGCCGCAGAUCGCCUCUCCGCCGUCUUCCCCCCAGGAAACGCCAUCCGCUCUGCCAUUGUCAUUGCCGCUCCCCGUAUCCUGCAGGCCUUCAUUGCCGCUCUGGGUGACUGGUACACCUGGCACCUCGCCGCCAAUGUCUACGGCUCUGACAGCAAUGUGUCCUUCUUUGCUCUCUUCAUGCAACUCCUCAAUCCAUGGCAAUGGUACUGUUCCACCAGAACAUUUUCCAACUCCCUAGAGACAACCCUCACCGUCAUGGCCCUGUCCUACUGGCCCUGGCAACUCGUCGGCGUCGCCCCCUAUUCCAUUAAGGAGAACUCGAAUCCCUUCAACGUCCUGCGCGGCAAGCUCUGGCGCCUCCGCGCCUCACUCUGCCUCGCUGCCUUUGCCGUCGUCCUGCGUCCUACCAAUGUCCUCAUCUGGCUCACCAUUGUCUUCAUUGCCCUGACGAGGAUCACGCUGCAGGGCAACUCUCCACUGAGUUUCUCUUCCGUCCUGGUUCUCUUCAGAGAGGCCAUUCUGUGCGGCUCCUUGGUCGUCGGCCUUUCCAUUGCGGCUGAUCGUCUUUACUUUGGCUUCUGGACCUUUCCGCCUUACAACUGGCUCAAUUUCAACAUUUCAAAGUCGCUUGCCGUCUUCUAUGGUCGUAAUCCCUGGCACUAUUACCUCCUCCAGGGCAUUCCUCUGCUCUGCACCACCAGUUUGCCCUUUGUCCUCCCGGCGCUUAUCAAGCCUUCAUCCAAGACCACCGAUCAGGCCAAUAUCCUCAGGACACUCUCCUGUACCGUCUUCAGCACCGUCGUCGCGCUCUCUCUCAUCUCACACAAGGAAGUCCGCUUCAUCUACCCUCUGCUCCCGGCUCUCAGCGUCCUCGCCGCCCCGCGAGCCGCGGCCUUCUUCACCACCCCCUCCGGAACCAAGUCACCCACUGUCCGCCGCGCUCGCCUUCGCAACAAACCUCUCCUCCUCACUGCUCUGGGCGUCAACGUCAUCCUCGCCGGCUACCUAUCAUUCCUCCACCAACCGGCCCCUCUCACCGUCCUAUCAUUCCUCCGGAAACAAUACGAACGCAUCCACCCUUCCGCCGUUCACUCCGCCCACGCAACUCAUUACGCCUCUCCCCCAAACGGCACUCAGGAAGACCUCUUCGCCCUCUUCCUCAUGCCCUGCCACUCCACCCCCUGGCGCUCCCACCUCGUCUACCCAGGCCUCUCCGCCUACGCACUCACCUGCGAGCCCCCAUUGCACACUCAGCCAAACACCCCCGAGCGCGACCUCUACCGCGACGAGGCCGACCGCUUCUACGACAACCCCGUCCCGUUCCUCCGCCACGAGCUCUUCGCCCCAGAGAACCCCGUUGUCCCCGUUCCGCGGUACAUUGUCGGCUUCGAGGGCGUGGAGUCUUGGCUGCGCGAGUUCCUGGAUACCCCUGAGGGUAAAGGACUGGGUAUAUCGCAACUUACACCUGUAUGGGCUGGUUUCAACGGGUUUUCCAACGAAGAUUGGCGGAGGGCGGGUUAUAUGAUGGUUUGGGACACGGGGGUCUACGGAGAAUCUGGCGCAAAAGCUUGA